ACCGGUAAACCUGUACAGUGUGGUAGUGUUCGUUAAUCUCGGAAUACGCGCCAAAGGAUUAAGUGUAGUGUUGUGCUGUUUUCAAAGUGGAAUAUUGUGAUACGCCGCACCAGUGAUUAUAAUCUGUUACGUUAUUGUGUCAUGUGUUUUUGAGUUUUGAAAAAUAACGGUGAGUUUCGAAGUUGUGGGAAUAAAUAUUGGCGUUGGUUAUUCACCUGUCUGUCCAUGAACUUUCAUGAAGGAGUAUUUCAAAAUGGCUCGCAGCGGCUGUCUACUGAUAACACUGGUGACCUUGAGUCUGACCUCUGCCAGUGAUAACAGCGUCCACAUCUACAAUCAGUACCCCGACCUGCACAUCACUUCGUCGACCUUGAGAUGGAUCGGAGACCAGAACGGAAACAGACCGGACACAGCAGUCGUCGCAACUCUGGAUAUAGUCUCUGCCACAGAGGGCCAGGUAGAUGACGGCGCCGUGGACGCGGUUAAGGAGCGAGCUGUGCACGUCUGUAGAGCGAGAAUCAACGGUCUCUGGGUGCCUGGUAGGUUACCUCUCAACGCAACAGAGUGCCAAGUCUCGCUGCUCGGCCGAGUCUUCAGCUACCCUCAGUAUGAGGUUCUUACCACUGACCAUCUAUGUGCAGUUAGUCCAUUGGUUAAACUCACUACUGAAUAUUGCAAGAAAAGAUUGGGUGGCCGGUGUCGAUCUGGGCCUCAAAAUCGCGUGCUGGAGAACAUGGAGACGGGGGCGCGGCUCAGCUGGGUCCAGUGGGGGCGCUACAACCCCCUGUUGCCCAAGGGGGCGGUGGCCGGGGGAGAGCAGGUUUACGUUGCCAGACGAAAGGUCAACAUGAUUGGAGCACGAGACGAGGCCAAGGUCCUGGGUCCUCGCCACCACGUGGGCAAGUUUGACCCCAAGGAGGGCAUAGGCAGAGUCAUCGUCAUCGAGGGAGUCGGCAAGGAUGCUGUAGAGAAGGAUUAUCAUGAGGGAGAGAUCCUCGUAGAGUCGGAACCGACAAAUUACGAGAUCACAAGCAUGAAGUUCACAGAGAAGCGGCGUAAAGAAUCAAGAACGCUGAAGGAGCUGGGAUCAGCCACUCUGAAGAACGAUCAAUCGCAGUAUACGGCCAAGGUGGACACGGUUGUUGCUUAUGACAACUUGGUGUCUAUGUACUGGGGUCAGGGAAGAGCCAUGCUGAAGGGGCUGAACACCAUCAUCAGACUACCCAAUGGCAACAGAGAGGAGAUUAAGUGGGGCAUCCCCUUCACUGAGGAGCGCAAGGAUGUUUACAAAGUGGAAGCGCAUCUAGAGCCAGGCACCGCAGUGAACGUCACUGUCUGGGGUAACCAGACCGAUAGUGAGGUCCCUUACUCGGGUCAACUUGUUGCCGUCUACGAAGAUCUACAAUCAAGAGCCCGAGGAAUCUCUGGAAUACUGAGAGAAGAAUCCAUGAAAGAACUGAAGGCGGUGUUCAGCCCAGUCUAUUGGAUACACAACGACACACUGGUUCCAACAACGACUACUACAACAACAACGACAACGUCAACCACCACGACCACAACAACGAGGCCGAAGGAGAUUGUGGACAGCAACAACAUUCAAGGUGAUGACAACAACUUGCCAGAGAACUCAGCGGCUCUCAGCAAGAAUGUGAGCAAAGCCUCAGUUGGCGACACUGGCUCGGGUUCCUCUGUAGUUUUAUCGUCUUUCCUCUCUCUCAUUCCAGCCAUCUCUAUUUCUCUUGUUCAAAGGAUAGCGUAAGUGUUUUUUGUGGGCGAAUGAGUAAUUUUAAGUUUGUGUACCUGUAAUUUUUUAACCGUCAAGCUGGAAGAGCCCAUUAUUUGGUUACUAUUAUUCCGACAUUCAUGCAUAAAUAGGCGUUACGGUACAGCAAAGAAUGCUCUCUUAUGUUGAAAACAAAAAAAGGAAUUUUAAUUAUUUUUAACGUAGCAUAUAUUUAUUUUAGCGAGACAUCUUAUUUUGAUACAGAGUGUGACUGAUUGUGUGAUUGUUACUAUACCAACUAUGUAAAUUGUUAUUUUUGUUGACUUUAUAUGUACCAUCUUGUAUUGUUAAAGUAGCAGAGGGUUUAUUACACUUAUUAAACCCUCUUAGAUAUUUCCAAGUAAAGCCUGACUUGUACAUAUUAAGCCUCCUCGUAGGUAAUUUAGACUGCAAUUCCAACGUAAGGAGCUUUUCCGAGCAUUCUAAUGUUAGCUUUAGUUUCUGUCUGUAAUAUAUGAGAAGUGUAUAUAUCGGUGAUGUAUAUAACUAGGGGUCUCGAGACGGCAAUGUAGACGUUAUAUUUGUGUGAUAAUUAAAUAUAUCAUUACUACUAAUUUUACUGCAUUUUCUAGUUGACUGUGGUUAGCCUAGGUCUGUAUGGUACUAGUGUACCGCUAUGUGAUGUAUUGAGGGAGAUAUUUUAUUUUUAUACUGUUAAGAGUGGUCGUUUGUAGUGUUGCAAGCUUUUGUAUUGCAAUUUAUUUUUGUAUUUACUUUGUUGAACAGUGUUGGGCUCCAGGAAUAUUGAAUUUCAACUUGCAAGAGCAUUAAUCAAUGUUUUAUUUUUAAUACUUAUGUGAACAAUUAUUUCAAUUCUUUUUUAAUCAAAUCUAAAUAAUCAUAAACGAACAAUGUAAAUUUAAGAACAUGAUGUACUUUGUUCAAUUGAGAUCAACCAAUAAACAUUGUCCAUUGUGUUAUUUUGAAACACGUUAAGUGUUCAAAAUAAGUUAAUCUUGAGCACAAAAAUUCAAUGCAAGCUAUUCACUUAAUGUAUCUAUGUUGCUAACAAACACUUUUUAAUGGACUUUUAAUAUUUUUUUACAACAUUUUUUUACAAAAUUUCAUAGAGUUAUUUUUAUUGAAAUAUCCAUUACUAUUUUGUCUGUAUAAGUAAGUAAUUUUUUUUGUGUGGAAAGAGUGGAAAAAUUUAAUCGAUUGAAACCGUUCAUUAAGAUAAUCAUGAAGAGUUCCAUUAAGUGAUUGUGAUGUAUAUAAUGCUGUGUAUAGAAAAUAAACAAAAUGGUAGAGAGGAAGACAAUAAGGAUCAUUUGAUGUACUCCAAGCCUAAGAUGUAACUAAGGUCUCAUGUCUCUUACUGGCUGUAUAUAUGUGGUAUAAUUAUACACAUGACAAAC